GACAUUCCCUUGAGAGUUUUCCUUGGCAAACUUGAAGGGGAAUGUUAGAAUCCUCCGGAAAAUCAGGAGAUAUGAUGAGAAGUUUGCUUCUCAUCUCCCUGUUGAUCCAUUCGGCAUUAGGCCAGAAAGGAGGGCCAGAGCCUCCAAAAACCAAAUGGCUGACGUUAAAUGGUGAUCAGCCCCUGGUUGUAGCUCGUGGAGGGUACUCGGGUCUCUUUCCAGAAUCGACCGAGUAUGCUAACACGAUGGCCAAGGACCUGAGUACGAAUGGCGCAGCUAACUUGUGCAGUCUGCAGUUAACGAAAGAUAGCAAGGGACUAUGCCUGUCUAACAUUCUGUUGGAUAAUGCAACAUCGAUAGCUGCCAUACACCCUAAACGCAGUAGCACUUACACAGUUAAUGGGAAGGAACUCAGUGGGUGGUUCGCUUUAGAUUUCAAUGCAAAGGAGCUCUUCAAUUCCUGUACAGUGAUGCAGAGCAACCCUGCCAGACCAGAUCAAUUUGAUGACCUUUUCCCUAUAUCGACGGUUGAAGAUGUUUUAAAUAUGGAACCAGAACAGUUUUGGUUGCAUGUUCCGUACGAUGCAUUUUAUAACGAGCACAAAAUCAGUCCAGCAGCAUAUGUACAAAACUUUAUCAGUGGAUGGAGAGGCAACACAAAUGUCAAUUUCAUCUCAUCUCCUGAGAUUGGUUUCUUGAAAACAAUAGGUGGGAAGGUGGACAAAACCAAGACCAAGCUCAUUUUUGAGUUCCUAAGCCCCAAUGAGACUGAACCAACAACCAGGCAAAACUACGGUGCAUUGCUCAAGAAUCUUGGAAUGAUCAAGUCACUUGCAGCUGGGAUCCUUGUUCCAAAAGAAUUCAUAUAUCCGAUUACCUCAAAUAAUUACUUGGAUGCUCCCACUACUCUGGUGGCAGAUGCUCACAAACAAGGGCUGGAAGUAUACGCGACAGGCUUUGCAAACGACAUUCCACUCCCUUACAACUAUAGUAUGGAUGCAACAGCAGAAAUCCAACAGUUUGUAGAUAAUAAUGAUCAGUUUUCUGUUGAUGGGGUGCUUACAGAAUUCCCAAGCACAGCAACAGAAGCCAUAGGAUGCUUUUCACAUAACAAGGAUGGAAAGCCUUACAAAGGAAGUCCAUUGAUCAUAAGUAAUAAUGGAGCGAGUGGGGACUACCCUGGUUGCACCGACCUUGCUUAUCAGCGCGCGAUAGAUGAUGGGGCUGACAUAAUUGAUUGCUCGGUCCAAAUGUCAAGUGAUGGAGUUGCCUUCUGCUUAGAUAGCAUAGAUCUCAACUCAGGCACCAAUGCAUUGACUCAAUUCAUGACCAGGAGUGAGACUGUCCCUGAACUUCAAUCUGAAACUGGAGUGUUCUCGCCCCGGCUCACAUGGGAAGAGAUUCAGUCCUUGAAACCCGAAUUGAAAAGCCCCUUUGGAAACAACCAAGGCCUGUAUAGAAACCCAGCUAACAAGGAUGCAGGAAAACUGGUGACUCUCACUGAAUUCCUAGAGUUGGCCAAGAAUAAGGCAACUACUGGAAUUUUGAUCAACAUUCGGAAUGCGCCUUACCUAGCAUCAAAGGCCGGUCUGGACAUUGUUGGUACUGUAACCUCUGCCUUGAAAAAUGCCACACUCGACCAGCAAUCGACUCAAAAGAUCAUGAUCAAAUCAGAUGACACUUCAGUGCUGUCCAAAUUCGCUGAUGUGAAAACAUACGAAAGAGUGUUUAGCAUUGAGGAGAAAAUAGGUUCUAUACCAAAGGAAUCACUCGAAGAGAUCAAGAAGUUUGCAGAUGGAGUAACUGUCAACAGAGAUUCAGUUAUUAUGGCUAGAAAUUUUUUCACCCAAUAUGAAACUAGCGUCAUCAAGGACUUGAAGGCUGCCAAUCUUUCGGUGUACAUCCAUUUCCUGAGAAACGAAUUCAGCAGUCUCUGGCUUGAUUAUCUCUCAGACCCCAUAACCGAAAUAGCCACAUAUGCUAUGGGAUCAAAGGUUAAUGGAAUUAUGACUGAUUUCCCACGAACUGCUAGCAAAUAUAUAAGAUGUCCAUGCACUGAUACCACAAACCCCAACCCAUAUCCGAUUUUCCCAGUUGAACCGGGAAAUCUCAUCAACACCUUGAUACCCCCGGAGAAAUUGUCACCCCCAGAGGCUCCCCUCCCACCACUUGAAGCUAAAACCGUAGCUGACCCACCACUUCCUCCAGUGGCACCCAAGCCCAACUCAGACUCCGAGUCAGGUUCAAACUCCGGCGACAAGCCUGCCACCGCCCCUGCACCUACCGCAAAAUCAAGUGCAAUGGCCAAUGCAGCAAACUGGGGUCUUUCUUUGCUAGCAAUAAUGGUGUUCAGCUUAUUGUCUAUGGGAAAUUAA